AUGGUUUCUUGCAAGAACGGGCAGCAGGCGUCAAAGCGGUUGCUACCCUCUCGACGUGGUAUGAAGGCAUCUCCGCCGCCGAUACAGCGCUCGGCCUCUUGGGCGUCAGCCCCUGCGAACCCCAUGGAGAUGAAGAGUACACGGUAUGCCCGCAAGCAAGCAAACUGCGAACACGCCAAGCCCUACAAUGGCAACUCAACACUGCCACUCUACAUGAUCUCAGACGUGCCCAUGUACCUACGCGACAACGGCUACAUCCUUCGCGGGUAUCGCGCCUACUAUACUGGCAAGCAGUGUGUCACAAGCGUUCUCCGCAUGCACAACGAGACAAUCAAUAUUUGGACACAUCUUCUCGGGGUCCUUGUGUUUCUGGGGAUGGUAGUGCAGCUGUUUACCCAGCACAUCAUUCCAGAGUAUCUUGCAGGUAACGUGUUCCACCGGGAGAACCGCACGGCAAAGCCGGUCCAUGUUAGUGGCGCGCGUACCCGUUUGCCCUUUAUCAUCUUUGGCGCUUUCUCGUUUAGUUGCGUCAUGUGCAUGCUGUGCAGUGCGUGUUUUCACACAUUUCUGUGCCACAUGAGCGAGGAGUUCUACCAUCGCAUGCACGCGCUUGACUACUACGCCAUCACCCUCCUCGUCGUCGGCUCCUUUCUGCCCUUCUGCUUCUACGCCAUGCACUGUGCCCCAGCGUGGCGGAACGCGUACUUGUCAAUGAUUUCCUCCUUCGGGGUGAUAGGGUUGAUUGGGCCCUUCUUCCGUCACUGGACCUCUGAGGCGUUUGCGACGAAGAAGAUCAUCUUCUACGUCUGCAUGGUUGGCUCAGGGAUUAUUCCGACGAUUCACAUUUCGCAGAUGAUUCCGCUAGAUAUCAGCGCCCCAUAUGUGAAGGGAUUGCUGACCAUGCUGGCGCUCUACGGGUUCGGGGUCUUCGUCUACGCUUUCCGCAUCCCAGAGGCAAUAUCCCCGGGCACCUUCGACUUCUACUUCUCCAGUCAUCAGAUAUGGCACGUGUGCGUGCUGGGGGCGGCCAUCACGCACUUUUACAACUGCGUCGCCAUGUAUCUCAAUCGCGGAACAAUCGUGUGCGUGUAG